UCGUGCACGGCAUAACUUUUCCACAAUUAAAGCAUAGAGAGUUGGAAAUGGUGGAUUCAAUUCAUCUUCUCUCCCAAUCUAACUCUUCAGACUCAUUCAUCCAACAUCAAGAUGAUGAACAACACUCAUCUUCUCUUAGCUCAACAGUAGACAAAUGCAUUGGAGAACUCAACUGGACCCAAUUCCUCCAAGCUCUUCUUGUUUCCCUUUCUUGGUUCUUUGAUGGUCAACAGACAUUCAUCACUAUCUUCACAGAUGCACAACCAUCGUGGCACUGCACCACUGAUUCAUGCACUUCGGAAACGAACACGUGUAAUGUUCCUAGGGAGUCAUGGGCCUGGGAUGGGCCCGUAGAAAUCUCCAUCAUCUCAGAAUGGGGCUUGGAGUGUAAGAGCUCCCUAGUCAUGGGCCUUCCGGCUUCAAUGUUCUUCGCAGGUUGCUUGAUUGGUGGGCUUGUUUUGGCAACUCUUGCUGACUCCUCACUUGGACGCAAGAACAUGCUCUUUUUCUCAUGCCUCUUUAUGUCCCUCUCUUCCUUCCUUGCCACCUUUUCAGCCAGUGUUUGGAUUUACUCGGUGCUUAAAUUUUUCAGUGGGUUUGGUCGUGGCACGAUUGGCACUGCAGCACUUGUGUUGGUUUCUGAACUUGUUGCAAAAGGGUGGCAUGGGAAGCUUGGUGUUAUGGGUUUCUUUUUCUUCAGUGCAGGGUUUUUUAGCUUGUCACCUUUGGCUUACAUAAACAGAGGGUUUUCAUGGAGAAACCUAUAUUUAUGGACUUCACUUCCAUCUAUUUUAUACUGUGGAUUGGUUUAUUUUUUGGUUCUUGAGUCUCCAAGAUGGCUUCUGAUAAGGGGUAAGAAAGAAAAAGCUGUGGAAGUAUUGAAAAGCAUUAAUACAUCAAUCAGUCACAGUAACUUAAAUUUGGCUAUAUCAAAAUUGUCCCUUGAGGAAGAAGUUUGUAACGUUGAUUUGUACUCAGCCGUUAAGAUAAUGUUGCAAAAGAAUUGGUCUUCAAGACGGAUAUUGGGGACUUCAGCCAUGGGUUUAGGCAUUGGUUUGGUUUAUUAUGGUAUGCCACUAGCCCUUCAAAAUUUGGCAUUCAACCUUUAUUUGGGUGUCAUAUUUAAUGCCUUGGCAGAAAUUCCGUCCUCUUUUGUUACUUACAUUCUCUUAGACAAGUUCAAUAGGAGAAGCGCGAUCUUCCUUCUCACUAUCAUGAGUGGGAUUUCAAGUGUUUUAGCAGUCAUGGAAGGGAAGAUAAUGACAAGGUUACAAAUUGUUUUUGAGUUGAUAUCAUUCUUUUGUGCAUGCACUGCGUGUGAUGUUGUUCUAAUAUACACCACUGAAUUGUUUCCAACUUCUAUACGCAACUCUGCAUUGUCAUUGGUGAGGCAAGUAGUGGCAUUUGGUGGUGUUUUUGGUCCUUUGCUGGUAGCAGCUGGUAGAGAACGUAAAUUUUUGUGUUAUGGAGUUUUUGGGUUGGGAAUAGGGUGCUGUGGGAUAUUUGGAGUAUGUUUGCCAGAAACAAAAGGAAAGGCAUUUUGUGAUACUGUGGAUGAAGAAGAAAGCAAAGAGAAAGUAGAAUUGUUGAAAUGA